AUGGCGCCAGAACCAGAACCGGAAGGAUUCGGCUGCUGCUGCAACGACUGCGCGCCUGGAGAGCUCGUUGAACCCGCCUCGAAGGGCAGAGAUUCAGCUGAGGCUUUGGAACAGGUGGGCGGAGGCUUUCUGGCUGGAGUUCAGAAUGCAGCUGGCGUUGUGAUGGAAGCUUUGCAAGACGAUGGAGUUUCAGAAGAAUCCGAUCCGGGCGCUGGAGGUCAUCACUGGUUUCAGCACAAGUCCUACGUUCACCACAGUCACAUCACAGUGAAGAUGGUGGGCGUUUUCGUGGCGAUCGGGCUGAUUGUGAUUUCCAUUUUGGACAUCUUUGGCAUUGCCAGGGAUCCAGCUGAUGCCUUGCCCUUCCACUACGUGCACAACAUCUGGAAUAUCUUUUUUGGUGUCUUGAUGAUCUUCAUGGAUGCUCCAGCCAAAUGGCUAGGGAAGGGAGCUGCGUGGCAGACUGCUUUGUGGCAAAAAGCACCUUCUUUGGGCAAAGCCAGGGGACGUGCGCUGGUUCACUUCUACGUGGGUGUCAUCAACCUUGCGAUGGUGAACUGGAGCCCCUUCACACUGUGGACGAUUGUGAAUCUGGCGCGGGGAGGGAGCUUAGUGACCUGCUCGGUGAUCAUGUUGCUGAAUCAUCACACCUACCACUGCCAGCGCCGGAGCCACGUGCGUCGCAACUUCAACGGCGCCGCGGCGGCGGCCAAGGCGUCGGAAGCGCUGCAUGAGUUCCAGGAGGAAGCCCUGGAGGUGCGGUCCUACAUUGCCAAAAAUCACUGCACGACGCGCAUUGUGAGCUUUCUCGCGGCCAUAGCAUUGAUCGUCAUCUCCAUUUUGGGGAUGAUCAAUGUCUUAGGUGCCCUCUUCAGCCCCUUCCACUACGUCAUCGGCAUUUUUAACUUCUUUUGGGCCAUCAUCAUCGCGCUGAUAGAUGGGGAAGCCAGCUGGUUCGCAAAAUGCGGCAAUUGCCGCGUCAGUCUCUUCCGGUGGUUUCCCGUCUUUGCAACGCUCCCAGGAAGAUCCAUGCUGCAUUUCUAUGUGGGUAGUAUCAAUGUCGUGAUGCUUCCUGGCGGGCUCAUGGAUUUCCUCUACGUUGCUUUGGGAGGAACUCUCAUGUUGUGUUCCUUGCUGAUGCUUUGUCAUCACAACUAUUGCCUGGAAAUUCCCAAAAUGAUGAAAUUGCCUGGCUCCACCUGA